UGUAUAAUAGAAAAAGUCCAUCCCAACACACAACCCUCACGACACCUUCGCGUUCGCCUCUACGCCAAUUACACUGUUGACCGUCCGGAAUAUUCUGAUCAUCUACUGUUAAGGAUCGGACGCACUGCACCGCGAUACCCUCCCGCGAACCAUUCCACGAACCCAUCAACAUCAAUCCACCCUGUCUAUCCUCAGCCGCGCAACAGCGCAACACAACCACUACCCUACACUUAAACGAUACAAUGCCGCGCCCAUCACCCAAAGCCCUCAAUCCAUUGCGCGCCCCACAAUCAUACUUCCGCAUCUACCUACGGCGCUCUGCCAUCGGGCUGCCCGCCAAACAGGCUGGUGUGCUGGACGCAUUGGGUCUGCGCCGACGCACAGCGACUGUAUACCAUCCGGUCACACCGGACGUGGCAGGUCAGAUCUUUCGUGUGAAGGAAUUGGUCGAUGUCGAGGAAGUAGAUCGUCCUUUGGAUAAGAAGGAGAUAAAGGCGCGGAGGACGCCGGCGACAGGGUACUAUGUGGAGAGUAGGGCGGGGAGUGCAUGGGCUGAUGAAUGAAGGGUUUGAUGGAAAAAGAACGAACAGGACACCAAUGAAAGACAUGGGGUCUGCCGGACCGACAUUGGAAGAGUGUAGAUGUAAUAUAGUGGCUGUUUGAGAGCGUCCCAGAUUUCCCGGAGAUCUUAAGAGCGUCGUUGCUAUGAUUUGUAGAGGAACUCGUGCGGUGCAGAUCAAAUUGUUUGUAUGUACUAUUUACAAUGAAUACACCUGAAAACCACGAUCUCUAAUCUUCCCACGGCUUUGGGUAUAUUCGUAAUAGCAUCCGCUCGCCUGCGACUUCAUUACUGGCUUCUAAAGAUGGGACUUCUCAGACAGAGUACUGAGGCUCGACAAACACCACCACCUUCGUUGAAAAGUCAGGUAUCGGCCCAUAGAACCUUGAUUUCGUCUUACAUAUGAAGGAAUCCCCUUGCAUGUGGAAGAGU